AUGCGGGUGAGCUGCCAUGACAGUGUCCACUGUGGUGUUGAGGUCAUCCGGGAUUUUAGUGAUAUCCGUUUCAUAGAGGUCAUGGAGAAUGUUUGCUCAAAGAUUAUAAAGUACAAUUUACACAAAGAAAGGGAGGGCAGCAAUCGAUUUGCAAAGGGAAUGUCUGAGACAUUUUCGACCUUAUAUAACUUGGUCAAUAAAGGAGUGAAGGUGGUAAGCAUUCCUUAUGAACCGUGGAUUGAGACCAGUGCAGUGGCUGACCUCAAGAAACAGUGUGACGUGAUGGUGGAGCAGUAUGAAGAAGUGAUUGAAGACUGGUAUAAAGGCAGCCAGGAGGAAGAUCUCACCACUUACCUGUGUGAGAAACAUGUGCUAAAAGGAAAAGACACAGCCCAUCUAAAAGAGGUAUAGUCUGCAAAGAAGGGAGACACGGCGGCCAUCGCAGAGGACAAGAAAAAAAAGAAGGGCAAAAAGAAGAGCAAGAACGGUGGACAGUCUGAAAAAGAGAAGAAAGUGAAGAAGAAAAAGUCCAAGAUGACUGAGACCAGCAAGCGGAAAACUGAAGAGGCUGUAUUCACCUCAUACGAGGAGCAGAUUCAGAAGAAAGUUCCUCUUAAGCAGGAUAAAACUGAACUCUGA